AUGAAGCGUACUGCAUGUUUCAAGCGGCAUCAACGUUUCAAGGGUGGCCGACAGUCGAUUGACGAUGAUGAGCUUCCUGUGCGUCCUUCAACGUCAACUGACGAUCCAUACGUUGAAAAAAUCAACACCCUGGAUUUCAGAGGAUCCGAACCAACUAAGAGGAGGAAGAAAUACGUACUGUCGGCAUGGAAGAACGGUAGAGUCGCCUUUAUUCCCAAACCUGGGAAGGAGAGUCACAAUUCUUUAAAAGAUUUAAGACCGAUCAGCCUAACGACUUUUGUGCUAAAGAGGUUGAAGAAGCUGGUCGAGAGAUAUAUCAGGGAUGAGGUGCUUUUAGCCUCCCUAGGGCAAAGAGGGCAGUAUGCUUUUAGGGCAGGCUAUUCGGUAGAAGCAGCGUGCCAUGCUGGUGUGGGAAAAUUGAAGAAGCAGCUGGAACAAAUGGGGCAUGCUGUGGGCACGCUCUUGGACAUAGAGAGUGUCUUCAAUAGUAUUCCUUCAGAAAGCAUCUGUCGAAAGGCAUUGAGGUUUGAAACGCCAAACCAGCUAUUAAGCUGGAUAGGAAGUAUGAUGCACCAAAGGAGACUCCAAACCAGACGGGAUGAAGCUUAG